UGACAGUGAGUCAGAAAUUUCAGAGCAGAAGGGAAAGCAAAGUAGGAAGAUGUUAUUGUACCAAUUAUGGCUGUCUAAAGAAAAAGACCAGUAAUAGGAAAAUAGGAAGAGAGAGGCAGUAGGAAAAAUCUAGAGAAAGGGGCAUAUGAUAUCCCGUCUUUAUAGGGGACAUAACCAUAUAAUUAACUCAAAGCAUAUUAGGUUGUAAUCUGUAAUCUGUGAUUCAAAGAGCAUUGUACAAUGCAUGUACAGAGGAUAUGGUGCUUAGGGACGAAGACAUAAUCACCUAGAUGUCCCUUAGAGCCCAAGCAUGGAUUAGGACUAUUAAAAAUCCCUCUGUUUCACCUUUGAGGGAUUAAAGACAAUUGGGUCACAUAUAUGUUAUGAAUUUUACUUAUUGUUUAUUUCUGUCUUUUCACUUUGUUUUUUCAUUUACUCAAUUAAGCAUGAAAGCUGAACUGCAGAUUCUAGCCACUUUAUUUUGGGGGUAAAAAGAAUUCCCAUCAGUAUAUUAUGAUAUUGGAGUGCCGUGUUACAUUUAUGCCCAAUCUAUGACAGUUUUGUUGAUUGAAAUAGGUUCGAACAUCUUAGUUGGGUGGUCAUGUGUCAUCCAAAGCUCAUGGUAUCAGAAAGCUCAUGCAUUCAAUGUGUUGUUGCAACUUUCUGACAUAAAAGUAGUUUUGGCCUCUUGGGAAUUUAUAUGCAUUGUCAUUAGUUGUUUUUGAGUGUUGGUCAAUCAAGAGCUAUCACAUCCAAAAGGUGAAGGUGACGGAGAUGAGAAUGCUAUGAUGGAUGUGUGGGUUUACUAGGAAAGAUAGGAUUCGAAAUGAGCUUAUUCUAGAUAAGGUGGGAGUAACUUCGCUGGAAGUCAAGAUGCGGGAAGCAAGGUUGAGAUAGUUCGAGCAUGUGAUGAGGGGGUGCACAGAUGCCCCAGUGCGGAGGUGUGAGAGCUUGUCUAGGAAUGUAUUUAGAAGAGGUAGAGUUAGACCGAAGAAAUAUUGGAGGGAGGUGGUUAGACAUGACAUGGAGCAGCGUUAGCUUACCAAGGAGAUUACCCUAGAUAGGAAGGUGUGGAGGAUACAAAUUUGGGUAGAAGGAUAGUAGGAAGGAUUGCAUCCUUGCUAAUACGUCGGAGGACUUUGUUUUGUUAUUCGUGCUGUGGUGCUAGUUUUGUUUCGGAGUGUGUUAUCAUUUGUCGUAUUACUUGGUGAUCGUCUUGUUUAUGUUAUUAUUGGGUGUGUUAAUUACCUAUUGUUUCUUGUUCCAUUACUAUUUUCUUCUAGACUGUUUUUGUCCUGAGUCGGGGGUCUAUUGGAAACAACCUCUCUAUCUGACCUCUGAGGUAGUGGUAUGGACUGUGUACACUUAACCUUCCCAACCCUCCCCAGACCCCACCCCACUUUGUGGGAAUAUACUAGGGUAUGUUGUUGUUGUUGUUUUGCUAAUGAUAGAUCCAAUCAAACUUACGUAGUUAAGUUUUGAUGCAGGUUGUCAACGAUGAUGGAGCUCUCCUUCCAUGUGCCAUUAAUGCAUUAUGUGCUGCCCUUGUGGAUGCUGGAAUACCUUUGAAGCACCUUGCUGUUGCAAUAUGUUGUUGUCUAGCAGAUAGUGGACAUAUUCUACUGGACCCUAGCAAGCUAGAAGAGCAGAUGAUGAAGGCAUUUGUAUAUCUUAUUUUCCCGAACUCUACAUUAUCUGUGCUUCCUGAAGAACCAUUGAAAGUGAGAGGUGAACCCAUGGAACAUGGACUUAUAGCAUCUUCUACACAUGGUGUAAUGUCGGGUAAGAUCAGAAUCUAUGUACUUACAUUCCUAGUGCCAUUUCUAUCUUGUACUUGAAGUUCUUUUUUACUA